UGUUGCGGGCUGGGCCGCGGCUAGUGGACUUUUCCCCGCCGUCGCCACGGUGGCCCUCGCGUCCUCUGAUCUGCGAUAGCCAUGCUCCCCAACACCGGGAAGCUAGCAGGAUGUACGCUUUUUAUCACAGGGGCAAGCCGUGGCAUUGGCAAAGCGAUUGCAUUAAAAGCGGCAAAGGAUGGAGCAAAUAUCGUCAUUGCUGCAAAGACGACCAGUGCCCACCCCAAACUCCCAGGCACAAUCUAUACUGCAGCUGAAGAAAUUGAAGCAGCUGGAGGAAAGGCCUUGCCGUGCAUUGUUGACGUGAGAGAUGAACAGCAAAUCAGUAAUGCAGUGGAGAAAGCGGUUGAAAAAUUUGGAGCAUAUACUAUUGCUAAGUAUGGUAUGUCGAUGUGUGUACUGGGAAUGGCAGAAGAAUUUAAAGGUGAAAUUGCAGUCAAUGCAUUAUGGCCUAGAACAGCCAUCCACACUGCUGCGAUGGACAUGUUGGGAGGAUCUGGAAUUGAAAGCCAAUGUAGAAAAGUUGAUAUCAUUGCGGAUGCUGCAUAUUCCAUUUUCAAAAAGCCAAAAAAUUUUACUGGCAACUUUAUCAUUGAUGAAAAUAUCUUAAAAGAAGAAGGAAUAAAAAAUUUUGAUGUCUAUGCAAUUAAACCAGGCCAUCCUUUGUUACCAGAUUUCUUCUUAGAUGAACUCCCUGAUGAAGUUACCAAGAAAAUGGAAUCGCAUGGUGCUGUUCCAGCCUUCAAAGAAGGAAAGCAGGACACCAAAUCCAGGCAACGCUCGGGACCCGUGGAAGAAACGUUUAGAAUUGUCAAGGAGUCUCUCAGUGAUGACGUUGUGAACGCCACUCAGGCAGUCUAUCAGUUUGAGCUCUCAGGUGACGAUGGAGGAACCUGGUUUCUUGAUCUCAAAAGCAAGGGUGGCAGUGUUGGAUUCGGAGAACCUGCUGAGCGGGCCGAUGUGGUGAUGAGUAUGUCUACUGAAGAUUUUGUAAAAAUGUUUUCUGGGAAACUAAAGCCAACAAUGGCAUUCAUGUCAGGGAAACUAAAGAUCAAAGGUAACAUGGGCCUAGCAAUCAAAUUGGAGAAGCUGAUGAAUCAGAUGGACGCCAAACUGUGAAGGCAAAGGGAAGGAAAGACCCGACCACUGAGUUCAACAAGUAAAAAUGCUCAACCGUUCAACAUCUAAAGCUUGAUUUCUUUCCUGUUGAAGUGUAAGGAUAUAUGCAUGUUUAUCUUAAAAAAAUAGAAUUCCUAUAUCUGUUAAACUUGAAAUUGUAAUUGAAACAAGCAGCUAAUAAAACAUAACCUUCAUUAAGUGGA